CAGACCGACGACCGAGCCCAUCCCCGCACCCAGCCCGCGACCGCGCUGUCCCCGAUGGCGACGGACCCCACGUCGCCGGCCGCGGCGGCGGCGCCGCGCUACUCGCUGCCUCCUGUCCGCCUCCCCGCGGAGGACAUCCUCUUCUGCGUCGACGUCGACCUCGAGGCGAGCGCCGAGAUGAAGUCCGCCGCCUCCGCGCCGUCCUCCGGCUCCGCCUCCACCGCGUCGCCGCCGCCGCCGCCGCAGCCGGGGCCGCGGCCCGUGGUGAGGCGGAUGGACGCGGUCAGGCAGGCCCUUCUGCUCUUCGUGCACAGCAAGCUAACCAUGUGCCCCGACCACCGCUUCGCCUUCGCCUCCAUCGGCGAGACCGUCUCCAUGAUUAAGAAGGACUUCAGCAGUGAUGUUGGUUCAGCAAUGGAGGCAAUCCAUUCCUUGUCUGCUUCAGAAUCAAGAUAUGCAACGGCUGAUCUCACACAGCUCUUCAAGAUAGCUUACCAUGAAGGGAAAAUAGCAGAAUCGCAAGGUCGGCUUCUCAGGGUGGUACUUAUCUACUGCCGUUCCUCUACUAAGCCACACCAUCAGUGGCCUGUAAAGCCAAAGAAUUUCACACUGGACAUAAUCUAUCUCCAUGACAAGCCAACUGCUGAUAACUGUCCACAGAAAGUAUAUGAUGCGUUGGUUGAUGCUCUUGAGCAUGUCAGCCAGUAUGAGGGGUACAUUCUUGAGACUGGUCAAGGGCUUGCUCGUGUUCUCUUUCGUCUGAUGUGCAUUCUUCUGUCCCAUCCCUUGCAACGCUGCAUCCAAGAUGACCUUGAUAUUCCGAAACAAGUUGCUAAGAAAACUCUGGCAGUUGAAGCUGUGCAGAAUGAAGAUGGAACUCCAGUCUCCAGCCAGCAGUAAGGUCUUCUCGUUGAAUGUUAUGCAAACAUGAAGUAACUUGCAAGUUCUUUAGCAUCAUCUCAGAAGGCUGUUCUGUGUGAUAGAGAUGCCGUCUCAGAAUUGUGUACUAUGCUGUAAAUGGCCAAGGGGAUAUCCUUUUGUUGCUGUCCCUUGCUUGUCUGGGCAUUAAGCCUGUAACUGCACAUGAUUCAAAUAACUCAAAUCUUUGGCAGUUAAUGUUUGCAAA